AGAGUGUCCAUAGCUAACUAGAGAUAUUGCACUUUAUCAAAGGAGCCACUAAUGUCGCAGUCAGAAUCCAAAUUACUCUCCCGGAGCCCACUGGACCCCGCCGAGGCAAGAUGGAUUCGAUUCGUCAAGACCACCUAUACCGACCCGACGGGGGUGGAGAGAACAUGGGAAUCAGCAGAGAGAACGACACGGCCGGCUAACUGCCCAAUCGACGGGGUCGGCAUCGUGACCAUCCUGCAGAAAGAGACGGGUCCAGAGCUCCUCCUGCAGAAACAGUAUCGACCGCCUAUCGACAAAAUCACGAUAGAGGUGCCCGCAGGGUUGAUCGAUGCCGGUGAGACGCCAGAGGAAUGCGCCGUACGGGAACUGCGGGAGGAGACGGGCUACGUCGGGGUGGCCGAGGAGACCAGCACAGUCAUGUAUAAUGAUCCCGGCUUUUGCAAUACCAAUUUGAACAUGGUCCAUGUGCGGGUGGACAUGUCGUUGCCGGAAAACCAGAACCCCAAGCCACAGCUUGAGGAUAACGAAUUUAUCGAGUGCUUCACCGUCCCGCUAGCAUCGCUGUUUGACGAGUUGAAGAAACUCGAGCAGGAGGGCUAUGCGGUUGAUGCGCGGAUUGGGACGUUGGCAGAGGGGAUUGAGCUGGCAAAGAAGCUGAACCUGUGA